GUAGGAUAGGAAUGAGGGAGUGAAUGUUCCGGGUCAGAAACUGGACGGGAGAGGAAAUUAACUCCGGGACGAGACGAAAAAACAAAACAAAAAAACAGAAUGCCAUAUUCUGCUACACUGAGAUGCAGCCUGUAUUUUUUAUGCUACAAAGAAGGCUUUUAAAAACGGCGGAGGUGAGACGAGGAAGAAAACAGGUGCCUACCACGAAUUACUAAAGUGAGACAACGACGGAGAGUUAUUCCUAUGUUCGUGGCGACCUGACGAACGUUAGCACUGUAACGUUACCGCGACUUAUUUACAGCGGGAGUUUCGGUGUUUACUUGCCUUAGUUUCGCCUGGCGUGUGCUUUAGCGGUAAGUUGAGCUCAGGUUAGUCUCGCCGUAGCAAUCUGUUGCAUCCCCUCGCCACGCUGUUUGUUAAUCGCACGGAUAAGAGAUUUAUUCCCACCUCCCCGUGAUGUUUCACUGCAUACCCCUGUGGCGGUGUAACCGUCACGUUGAGACGAUCGAUAAACGCCACUGCUCCCUGCUGUAUGUACCCGAUGAGAUUUAUCGCUACGGACGGAGUUUGGAGGAGCUGUUGUUGGAUGCCAACCAACUCCGAGACUUGCCCAAGCCAUUUUUCCAGCUAGUGAAACUUCGCAAACUGGGCCUGAGUGACAAUGAGAUCCAAAGACUUCCACCAGAAAUAGCCAACUUCAUGCAGCUGGUAGAGCUGGAUGUCUCUCGAAAUGAUAUUAUGGAAAUUCCAGAGAGCAUUUCUUACUGCAGAUCUCUCCAAGUGGCAGAUUUCAGUGGGAAUCCAUUAACAAGGUUACCUGAUAGCUUUCCAGAGCUACGGAAUCUCACUUGUCUUUCCAUCAAUGACAUUUCAUUGCAGACUCUUCCAGAUAACAUUGGAAACCUUGCCAACUUGGUAUCACUAGAACUCAGAGAAAAUGUCUUGACAUUCCUACCAGAGUCAUUAUCUCAGCUUCACAGACUUGAAGAACUUGACCUGGGCAAUAACGAACUGUACAGAUUGCCUGAAUCAAUAGGCUGUCUUGUCAGCUUAAAGGACUUGUGGCUGGAUGGAAACCACUUGACUGACAUACCUACAGAGAUGGGCAGUAUUAGGACCCUUCUGUGUCUGGAUGUAUCAGAAAACAAACUGGAGCGACUCCCAGAAGAGCUGGGGGGGCUGGUGUCACUCACUGACCUGCUAGUGUCUCAGAAUUCCAUUGAUGCUCUUCCAGAAACCAUUGGAAAACUAAAAAAACUUUCUAUAUUGAAAGCUGACCAGAACAGGCUAAUGUAUCUUCCAGAGAGUAUCGGUAACUGUGAAAGCCUUACAGAACUUGUGCUCACAGAGAACCAGUUACAGAGUUUGCCUCGGAGUAUCGGCAAAAUGAAGCGUCUCUCCAACUUAAACUGUGACAGAAACCAGAUAGCAUCAUUACCCAAGGAGAUCGGAGGCUGCAGUGGUCUGAAUGUGUUCUGUGUACGAGAAAACAAACUUACGAGGAUACCGGCAGAGCUGUCACAAGCCACAGAACUGCAUGUGUUGGAUGUCUCAGGAAACCAUCUCACCCACUUGCCGAUUUCUCUGACCACCCUACAACUGAAGGCCUUAUGGUUGUCGGAAAACCAGUCGCAGCCUCUUCUCACCUUUCAGACAGACAACGAUCCUGAAUCAGGCGAGAAGGUGCUCACCUGCGUGCUGCUGCCUCAGCAACCAUGUGAAUCAGACUAUAAAGGUUCUGAUAAUCUCGCACGCUUUGGUGCAUUGGAAAGUCUGGUGAACGAUAUGGCAGAUGACACGUGGAACAACAAACCCAUGAACAGGAUCAGUACCAUUCAUUUCGUAGAUGAUGAUGAGGAGGAAGAUGACGACAAGGGAACAUUGCUUCGGCGGGCCACGCCUCAUCCCGGAGAACUAAAAAACAUGAAGAAAGUGGCCGAGAACAUUCGCAACGACAUGAACGCAGCCAAAGGCCUGGACUCCAACAAAAACGAGGUCAAUAACGCUGCAGACAGAGUGACCACAUCUGUGUGACCUUUACCUCAGAAAUAUUUUUUUACCUUCUGUGUGUACCUCCUGCAACACCUUGCAGUCCUCUGUUUUUAUUUUUAUUUAUUCUUUUUUUUUCUUUUACCCACAAACCCCGGUGUGGCCUACCCCUUCUCUGAUUAUACCUGGGACACCUGCAACCUUACUCCCUCUCCAGUCCUGUGUAAAACAUGCUCACAGUACCAGGGCCGCUGUGCCUUCUGCUUUUAAAUGUCAGCAACAGAGAUGCUUCUUUUUUUU